AUGCUCUUUGACAAGGUUUUCGAUUCCGACAUUGAAAGGUUACGGUCUAUGGAAGAUAUGUGGAAGUCAAGAAAGCCUCCGACGGGGGCCAAGUAUGACGACGUCCUGAGCAGGGCUACGGAGGCGCUCGCUUCCAAGGACGCCCUCCUCCGCGACGGCCAAAGGGUAUGGUCUCUAGAGGAGAGUUUAGUUGUGUUCAAGGACAGCUUGGACCGCCUCAGCAAGCGUGUGCUUGAGAUGAAGGCAAAUAAGCAACCUGACGACCCUCAGCCCAUUAUCACCUUUGACAAGGACGAUGAGGACACUCUGACUUCGUGGCGGCAAGCGCCAAUAUUCGGUCGGAGUUGUUUGGCAUUGAUCGAAAGUCGCGCGGGCUUAUGUGUCCUGCAGGCCUUCAAGGUCCUCAAGGGUGAUUUCGACCAAGCCAAGGAGGUCUUUUUAACGCCCUUCGCUCCUGCCCGGCUCCUUGCGAGCGAUCGGUCUCGUGCGCCAAACCCUAACUGCCCUGUGUGCAGCACGUACCAGACAAGCGCCUACGUCGAUAUGUCGAGAGCCACGCUCAACGAUCUUGUGGAAGACUUUGUGCGGCUUGGCCUUGGUUACGGCGACAAAGAAUUCAUACUCAGCAACGAAGUGGGCAUCCUCUACGAUCCAGACGAGACGGAGAACCUGGGGAAGAAGUUGAGCGACCUUGGUAUCCACAAGGACUCUUUCCUCACGAUUGUCGACGAAGAUGAUGACGAUACAUUUGUGAAUGUAGUAGUCGUCAUCCAAGACCUGGAGGAGCCCGAUGAAAAGCCCCCAAAGGCGGAGCCCGUUCCAGAGGUAUCAGCGACGAAUGGAACCAACGGGUCGAAUGGCGUCCAUGCUGCCGGCGGACCUGAGAUGGUGGUUAGGUCUCUCAAGCGCUCGCGGGCCGAUGAUGAUGACGAAGUGGCGGAGUUGAAAAAGGCCAAGAAGUCUCAGGUGGAUGUCAAGGCCGGCGCCGCCCUCGAUGACGAUGUGGUUGUAAUUGAGGAUGAAGGUGCAAUUCUGAUUGAGGAUGACUGA